CUCGUCGCUGCUAGAGUAGAGUACCUAGACAUCCUAUUCACUGCCCUUACUUUUCCCACCUUCACCUUUCCUUUUUCCACCGUGGCGGUCUCACGUGUCUCUUACCUUCUCUUGUGCGCCGUAGCCCUCUUCGUCGCUCUUUCCGCCACCCUGGCUUCUCUCCGCAUCGGCCUUCGCCCCUCAUCCAUCACCCAGUACCUCAAGCCAGGUCGCCUCUCCACCAUCUACCCUUCUGUACAGGCCCAGCGCCCGCUUAUGAACAGCAGUAUGGCCCCCGAGAAGUACAGGAAGCCGCCUCAGCUACCCCCCAAGUUCACUGCAACCCCCAGCAGUCUGAUCGAGGAAACGAAGCGGUUGAUCGAGCGGUCGCGAAACGUCCAAGAUGGCAUCGUGAGGGACGUCACCCCCGAGACUGCCUCCUUCGAGAACACAAUUCUGCCCUCCGCGCGCGAUGACAACAAAAUGGCCAUCGAGUCUCACAUCAUUGGCUUCUAUCAGGCUGUGUCCACGGAUAAGGCCCUGCGCGACGCUUCCACAGAAGCUGAGGCGUUGUUGGACGACUUCGGCAUCGAGUCCAGCAUGCGCGAGGACAUCUUCGGUCUUACCGACGCUGUCUACAAGAAGAAGGAGAAUCUCGAUCCGGAAUCACAGCGGUUGCUAGAGAAGGACUACAAGUCGUUCAUUCGCAAUGGAUUGAACAUUCCCGCGGGGCCCAAGCGCGAUCGCUUCAAGGAGAUCAAGAAGCGAUUGAGCGAGAUUAGCAUUGCAUUCCAGAAGAAUCUUAAUGAGGAACAGGGUGGUGUAUGGUUUACCCCCAAAGAGCUUGAUGGCGUACCCGAGGAUGUCGUGUCGUCGUUGAAGAAGGGUGAAGGCGAGAACGAGGGUAAAGUCUGGCUUACUUUCAAGUAUCCCGACUUGUUCCCGACGUUGAAGUACGCCCACAGCGCAGACACCCGCAAAACGCUCUUUGUCAAGAACGAAAACAAGUGCAAUGGCAACGUGCCUUUGUUCCGCGAAGCCGUGCUCCUGCGUGACGAGGCUGCCCGCAUGCUCGGGUACAACAACCACGCCGAAUUUAAGAUCGAGGACAAAAUGGCCAAAUUGCCCAAGACAGUUGAUGACUUUUUGGGCGAUUUACGCACACGUCUUGCGCCGGGCGGCAAGAAAGAGAUCGAAAAGCUGCUUGAGCUCAAAAGGCAGGACUUGAAGGACCGAUCUAUCAACGAUGGAACAGAUGAGAAAUAUUUCCUCUGGGAUUCACGAUACUACGAUCGGUUGAUGCUAGAGAAGGAUUACUCUCUUGAUCACCAGGUCAUUGCGGAAUACUUCCCACUUCAAACCACAAUCCAAGGCAUGCUCAAAAUCUUCGAAGAGCUCUUCGGAAUGGUGUUCAUUGAGAUCAUCGGUGAGGACCGUGCUGCUCUCGCUGAUGGUGGUAAGAGCUCCGAUAUUGUCUGGCAUGAGGAUGUCCAGGUCUUCAGCGUCUGGGACGAUGAGGGAGAAGGUUCCGGUUUCAUUGGUUAUCUUUACCUCGACCUCUUUCCCCGAGACGGAAAAUACGGCCACGCCGCAAACUUCAACCUUCAGCCUGGCUACAUAGAUGAGAACGGCAACCGAAGGUAUCCUUGCACGGCCCUGGUCUGUAACUUCUCCAAGCCUACACCCAAGAAGCCUUCACUGCUCAAGCACGAGGAGGUGGUUACACUCUUCCAUGAGCUUGGACAUGGCAUUCACGAUCUUGUCUCCAGGACGACAUACUCCAGAUUCCACGGAACGAGCACCGUUCGCGACUUCGUGGAAGCUCCUAGUCAGAUGCUUGAGAACUGGUGCUGGACGCCCUCCCAGCUCCGCUCUCUGUCCCACCACUACUCAUACUUGUCGUCGGACUACGAGGCCGCCUACAAGGAGUCAUCCGGUGCCGACCAGAAGCCUUCGGAACAAAUCCCCAAUUCCCUGGUUGCCAAGCUUAUCAACACCAAGCACGUUAACGAUGCGCUCUUCAACCUUCGCCAGCUACACUUUGGCAUGUUCGACAUGACUGUACACGAGCCCAAGAGUCACGAAGAAAUCGAGAAUCUGGAUAUUACCACCACCUACAACAAGCUUCGCAAGGACAUCUCGCAACUUGACGGACCCGAGGCGCUCGGUGGAGACUGGACAUGGGGCAAUGGCCAGGCCACCUUUGGCCAUCUCAUUGGUGGAUACGAUGCUGGAUACUACGGCUAUCUCUCUUCCCAGGUCUACUCCACCGACAUGUUCUACUCGGUUUUCAAGGAGAACCCCAUGAACGGCAAGGAGGGAAGACGGUACAGGCACACCGUUUUGGAGCGUGGAGGGUCUAAGGAGGAGAUGGACAUUCUUGAGGAAUUCUUGGGCCGCAAACCGAGCACCGAGUCUUUCUACAAGGAGUUGGGCAUUUCCAAGUAA